UGUCCCAAUAAUACGCAGCGUGAACACGACCGACUUCAUUGAAAGAGUGACCAAUACGCUGCGUAUUAACGGAAAUGAAUUAAAAGGCGAUCAAGGCAGUUGAGCUUGAGAGCGAGCCGCGUGUGUGAGAGAGAGAUUUAAGGAGAGACGGAGGAGGAUGGAGAAUCUUUGGCGAAUCGCGACGGGUCAGGAUCCGAACCGUGAAGAUUACGAAGGGGUCGAGUUCUGGUCCAACCCAGAGCGAUCCGGUUGGCUCACCAAGCAAGGCGAUUACAUAAAGACCUGGCGCCGACGCUGGUUCGUGCUCAAGCGAGGGAAGCUCCUCUGGUUCAAGGACCAGGCCGCCGCCGAAACCCGCGGAUCUACCCCGCGCGGCGUGAUCUCCGUCGGGGAUUGCCUCACAGUCAAAGGAGCCGAGGACGUGGUGAACAAGCCUUUCGCCUUUGAGAUUUCCAGCGGAAACUACACGCUGUUCUUCGUGGCGGAUAACGAUAAGGAGAAAGAAGAGUGGAUCAACUCUAUUGGAAGGUCCAUUGUGCAGCACUCGAGAUCGGUUACUGAUUCUGAAGUCCUCGAUUACGAUCACAGGCGGUGACUUUAGCUCAAACUCUAUGGUUUUUUUAUAUUUUUAUCUUCGAUGUAAUGUUUGAUUUUUGUCUUACUAUUUCGCCUUUAGGGUUUCCACUCUUGUGUCUCUUGCUUAAUUAUUGUACCGAUGUAAGUAUGGCUCUCAUGUCCUAGAUCCUAAUGUCUCUUUAUUUAUCUUCUUGAUCGA